GCAAGCGGAAAAGGAAACUCCAUUUGUUUAUAGGCGUCCUGUGUCGCGUAGUCCAUUGGUGCUGAAAAGAAAGAGCAUGAAAGUUUCAGUGUGAGCGAGGAGAAGAUCGGGCAACCGCAGGCGAUUCACACAUCAUGCUUGAAGGAGAAGCUAAGAAGCAUGAAACCAACAACGGUGAAGCUGAAACCCAGGAACAGUCUGUGAAGAGUGUGGGAAUGGGGGAAUUCAUUUCAAAAGGUCUGGCGUUAAGCUCCCAGAACAGAGAAGUGGAGGAACCUUCACCAGCAGCCACUAAUGUCCAACCUGAACCCUUGUCCUGUAAUGCUGAUGGGAAAGGCUCCAGUGAAGCAGAUGUAAAUACAUUUCCACAACCGUUUAGUCUAGUUAAGAAUACUAAUAUGGAUGCUCGGAGAUGCUCAGAAGACUUUGAUCAGCCGGAGGCUAAUUCUGAUUGUGUUUCCAGCACCACAGAUAGCCAACCAAAAUCAUUGCCAACUAAUACAGAAUUAAAUAAACCACAAACUAGCACUCAGGUGUCUGAUAAAACAGAUGAAAUCUCGAGUAAUCAGCCUGAAAGGGAGUCUGACAUGAAUGAAGCCCUUUAUGCAAAUGUGCUAACCCCUGCGGAAGCUGAUUAUGAUGCAUCCAGCUCUAAUAAAGGUGAUAGCAAUUAUUCUGACAAAGACAUUCACGAGAGCACUGCAGAUCCAAUGGUUUCUGAUGUUGAAAUGCAAGAUUCGCUCUCUGAAACAUUAAACCAAAAUGAUGAAACAUUAGAUGAUGAAGAUCCUUCAACUGAGGAACAACAAGAGUCUAAUUCAGAGCAGAAUAAAGAGACUCCUGCAGAAGAUGACAACGCUAAGGAAAAUAGUAUGGAGGUUACAGAAAACAAACACGGAUUUCCUUCUUUUACCCGCGGACGGCCUCGCAAAGAAAAGCGAGUUAUCAGAUGUGAACAUUGCUCACGUCCGUUCAACCAUGCCUCUGCGUAUAUCAUUCAUCUGCGCAUCCACACCGGUGAGAAGCCCUUUGUUUGCCAGGACUGCGGCAAAGCCUUCGCUCAACUCUCCAACCUUAGAUCCCACAGCAAAGUCCAUAGAUCCAGAAGCCGGAAACACAGAAAUCAAAACAAAGUCACAACUGAGAAAUCUGCAGACGAGAGUCAAGUGUACAGUACUGAUAAAAAAGAAACUGACUUUCAUAGCAAUCAAAUCACUUCUAAAAGAAGGAGAGGCCGAGGGAAAGGAAAAGGGAAACCCCAAACAUGUCCAAUUUGUGCAAAGGUCUUCUGCUACAAGUCCGUCCUCAAAAUCCAUCUUCGCAUUCACAGUGGAGAAAAACCGUACUCUUGUAAGGUGUGUGGCAAAUCGUUUACUCAGGCCUGCACCGCGCGUGUUCAUGAACGAGUGCACUGGUCCAUUAGGCCUUUCCUGUGCACCAAAUGUGGUAAAGGAUUUUCUCAGCUCGGGCCGUUAAAAUUACAUACUUGUGAAGGAAAAACACGCAUGCAUAACACUGUGAAAGAAAUGGAAACCGACGGCGUUGUCAGCUUCAGGUGCCACCUUUGCAAAACAUGCUUCAGCACCAGGGAUGAGUAUGAAUUACAUGUGCAAGGGCACAAGGAUACUCAGCGUUACAGUUGUGACCGAUGCAAGCAGACUUUCAGUCUUCUCUCAGAGCUGCAUACGCACAGCAAGCAUUGUGGUGCCAUACGACUUGCAAAAUCAAAGUUUUCUGGCUACAGUCCACCUCACAGAUCACAACCCAAAAGCCCAAUGAACAGAAGAACUCCACCGAGAGUGCGCAGUCCAGCAAAAUCUCCUCAAAAAGAGAUUUUCUCGCCAAGAAAGCUCAAAAGGUGCUCCUUGCUUGCUUGUCCUCCUCAAAUCUUGGCUGCUUCAGAUUCAGACUUUCCGAAUAACCUUUAUUCAGUCAGUCAGCCGAUCAAGUCUAGCUAUUUUGUAUCCCAGUUGAACAGUACGCACCAUAAAGCAGAUCCAAGGAGUUACUUCUGCCCACGAUGUGGACGAAUAUUCCGGCACGUGGGAAGACUGAGAGCACAUAUGCUGACGCAUUCGCGUGGUAAAAACUUCACAUGUGUCUAUUGCAACAGGGUGUUUAAGACCUGGAACAAGUUUUGGAUUCAUCAGCGGCUGCAUAGACAAAUUAGAGGCCGUUUUUUUUGUCCCAAAUGCGGUCGGGGGUUUCGAUUUGUGGAAUCGUACAAUGAACAUGUGCAGAAGCACCCGGAGCUUAAUGCUCACGCUUGUCCUUUCUGCACUCGUACUUUCUCAAAUGCACAGAAGUUGAGGAAUCACCAGGAAAAGUGGCACCAUUCCACCAUGCCCUUUGUUUGUGAGUAUUGCGGAAAAGGAUUCGAAAGUGCGACCAUUCUUAAGCGACACAAAGUUGUUCACUGCACAAUUGAUCCAAUCGAGACACUUUACAACGCUGAUCUGCAGUCCACUGGACAUCCCUAUGAGUGCGGGGCAUGCAGUGCCUGUUUUGGGAAUUUGGAUUUGCUUUUCCACCAUCAGCUCCAGCACAAGGCUGCAGAUAAAGAACCAACAGCAAUGAAGGGCUUUCAGCGUCAGAGCUCAGUCUCACAUUCAAAUGGUGCAGAAAGGCCUCAUUCUGUGUCACCCUUACGUUCAUCACCCUUAAAAAAGCCACAGCAAAAUCCAAACCAGUCUCCGAGCACCAUCAAGACAUUGCCUCAACUGUCAACAAAUCAUCAAACUUUACCUGGCUCCAAAACUAACGAGGAGCAAAUGCUUGAAAAUCACACUAAAAACCGAGUUCCGGUGACGGCAGAAUCAAAUAAUUCUAACAAGUCCGUUUUGAAGACUGAAAGUACCACUGGUAAUUUAGUUUGCACUGAAUGCAAUGCUUGUUUUUCAGAUCUUGUAGCGCUGCAUGGGCAUUACUUGGAACAUGCCAGAGGAGAAAUAUAAAUAUGCAGUAAUUGUUGUUCUCGUUCGUUCAGCGAGUGUGUGCUAGUUGCAUAGGGAUCACAUAACUUCUCAAACAAAUGAAAAGGCUUGCUGUAUAUGAAUAGUUAGUUUUUGUGAUAUCAACAAUACUGACGUGCUGACACUCAGAGGGUGUUUUCAUGACACUGAUUUUAAUUUUAAAUGUUCAAACCUUAUGUGGUUUAUCAGUUCAUUAACAGCACCAUUUUGGUGACAAAACGCGAACUUGAAAAACUGGUUUUAGAACGCAAGCUUUUGUGAAUGACACUGUUGAAGUCAGAAUUUUUAGCCCCCGUUUAUUUUUUCCCCAAUUUCCGUAGAAUGGGGAGAUUUUUUUAACACAUUUCUAAACAUAAUAGUUGUAAUAACUCCUCUCUAAUAAC